AUGGGAACCAUAAGCUAUGCUCAAGUUCCUCCGACGGCGGCAACUAUAGCACUCAACGCCUACAUCUACGGUUAUGGAGGCCACUCUUUGGUGACGCCGCAUGCAGCUCUCAAACAACUUUGGUGGACGGAGGAUCGCAUCGACAGCAAAGUCACAAGGAAAUUCGUCGUAUCACAGAUCAAAGGAGAAGAGAGGGGUUUCUUGGACAAACCUCUUGCGUUCGGCGAAGGCUUGACAGAUGACACCUACAUGGAAUGGAUCCUGGGUCGAGCAAGGCGACUGUUCCUGAUCUUGGCAGAGAUUGGCAAGCCAGAGCAGAUCCUCGGUCUGAUAGAUGACUCCCUGGAUGACGAUGAUCUACCAUUCUCUUUUGAGAGUAUUAUUGACAUGGAUCUUUGUGUCGAGCCGGAUGAGCGCCUGAAUCGAAAGUUUCAUACCACUCAGUUCCUGUACCUCUUGCGCCAGCUAGGGCAGGGUGGCCAUAUCGAUUACGGGCCACAAGAACAUAUUCCCAUGGAGUACGUUCACAAGGUACCUCCAGCUGUGUCGCUUCAAAGCUGGGACAGGAUUCACUUCCCCAAAGAUCAUGAACAAGUCUUUGUUAGACGCAAGUUUGCGUUUGGGACCGGCAAUGACAAAGAUGAUUUGAGCGAAAUUUAUAUGCAAGAUAUUACAGAGUCUAGACGGCUGGCUCAUCCCCACAUUGCUCGAGUGUGGGCGUCUUACACCGCUGGAGAUGCUGGCUACGUUCUCUCUGAUUUUGUGCCAGAGCACACACUGGCAUCGUUCAUUGCUCAUCGGACGCCGUACCAAUUCAUGCGUGUACCUCAAGCCGAACGACCUAUCAUAUUGCUAGAGUGGAUGCAUUGUCUGAUUGAUGCACUCGCUAUGCUUCAUCACAAUGGUGUCUUACAUGGCGCUAUACGGCCGUCUAACAUUCUCAUCGAUCAUGACAACUGCAUCGCAUUCUCUGAUAUAGGUGGUUUGCGGACAUUCCAGCGUGGCAAAAAGUUCAUCAAAAAUGAAGCCUUGAGUUACUCUGCUCCCGAGACACAUGUGGAGGAACAGGUGCGCGGCGUCCACUUUGCCGAUACAUUGAGCAGUCCAAUCGACAUUAAGCGUAGCUCCGACGACAGUACCUUGAGUGGAACUUCGUUAUCCUCCUCGAGUCCACCAAAGAUUUCGAAUCCUAUACUCAUUCACAGUUCUAGCCCUAUGGUUGACAGCCCGAUGAAUAGUUUCAACCAUCCUUCUCUACCUCCACCAAUACCACUGUUUCGCAACUUCAGUAGACAUCUACCUCCUCCACCAACGUUCGCCUCUGCGAGUAUAUGGUCCCCCACCUCAGGCAAAACCCGACGCUUAUUCCGCAAGUCGAACAGUCCUCCAUCAUCACUAAACGGAUCACCUCCUGAUGGAGAUCGAAAGUUCUUCUCUCCUGAUGAUGUUGGGCCCUCGCAUCCAACACCGAUAAGAGCGGACAGAAGGCCAUCAUGGGCUUCUUGGGGUACAACACCAUGCCCUACCUCCAGUACCCCAUCCGAUCCAUCCAGUCUGCUCUCCGAGCUCUUGAAUGAACCACUGAGUGUUCCCAAACCUCUUGUCAUACGCAAGACUGCAUCACAGAGGUCACUCAAUAGUAACACUGCGACGACAUCCACACGCCAAGAUAAAGGUUUCGAAAGCGAUGUCUUCUCUCUAGGCUGCGUAUAUCUAGACCUCGUCACGUACAUUGUCAAAGGCAAGCUCUCCGACCUCCAAAAAUUCCGAGCACAGGCAAAGGCGCCCUUGCCUACCGAUACGGCCACCUUGCAUACUUGGCUUGCUCAUCUCGCAUCAGACGCCAUCCGGCUCUCGCCAACUGUGCAUGUGCUAUCGGCUUUGGUACCUAUCCUGGGCGUAGUCAGAGACAUGCUACUGCCAGAUCCCAGCCAUCGCCCCACUGCCUUGGCCAUCCGCGACCGCAUAGCCGCCGCGCUCGAGCAAGCAAACCUGCAGUCCCUCUGCUGUAAAGAACGUAAAUGGGAUCCAGAGCUAGCAUCUCAACAACGUGCUCGUCUUUCCACCAGACGUCCUCCCAAAGCACCCGGCAAAGAGUCUACGAGCACUAGCUUGGGAUCAGUGACGACCGAAAGCAGUGUCGAAGGCGGCGCUGAAUACGCAGCCGACGGUCCCGCUGUGAUUAUGAGGAGAAGUCUCAGUGUCAGUAGUGGAGCUCUGGAGAAGAAUGGAGGAAGCAAGAUGAAAAAGUUGGGCUUGGGAUGGAUGAGAAAACCUCAUGCAAAAGGGUUUUGA